GAUUGGCUUCUCGCAUUAACUUUCCCCUCAAGAAACUUUAUAAAAUUGAUGGUAGUAAAAGAUCAGGGCAUUCUAACGCAUACUUUUACGGAUUCUUUAAGAAUAAGAGAAUUGUUUUAUAUGACACAUUGAUCGAACAAGCUGAGAUGGGAGAAAUAUUGGCAGUUGUUGGUCACGAAUUAGGUCAUUGGUAUCUUAAUCAUACUGUUAGAGUGCUCAUCAUCUCCCAACUCCAUAAUCUUUUGCUUUUCUACGUGUUUUCUCAGUUUAUAAAUAACUCUGCACUUUACCGGUCAUUUGGAUUCACGGCGCAACCAACCCUCAUUGGAUUUAUGUUGUUUCAAUUUAUUUAUGCACCUGUUGAACAUGUAGUAGCCUUCGUGAUGAAUGUAAUUAGUAGGAGGCAUGAGUUUCAAGCUGAUUCUUACGCAAAAAAAUUAGGUUUUGGUUCGCAACUUCGAUCAGGACUCAUCAAGAUUCAAAUAAAAAAUUUAGGAAAUUUGAAUAACGAUCCCUGGUAUUCGGCAUAUCACUUUUCGCACCCACCACUUCCCGAGAGAUUAAACGCGUUAGAAAAG